AUGGGUCUAGUUUCCAGCCAGGUACUCCUGGCUCGGUCCCACAGUGGGCAGUUGUAUGCUGUUGGGUCGAAGUGCACCUAUAAAGGGUGCGACUUGAAGGAUGGACUGUUCGUUAAUAAUACGGUGACGUGUCCACAGCACGAUGCGACUUACGAUAUAACGACAGGAGUCCCAGUAAGGGGCCCUGGGUUGAAUGCCCUCUGUUCUUAUAAGGUCGAGGAGAGGAAGGAUGGUAGGGUAUAUGUGGAUGUACCCAAGGGGGACAGAUGGCAUGAGGGGGAGCCGGUGCCUAUGGCUAAGCGUGAUCCUCGCAAUAAGCAAGUGUUCGCUAUCGUGGGUGGGGGUGCGGCAGCUGCAUCGGCGUGCGAGGCUUUGAGGCAGAAUGGGUUUACUGGACGGAUUGUCAUGGUCACCCGUGAGGCCCACGUGCCGUACGAUCGGCCGGAGCUGUCGAAACGGUUGGAUCCUGCCAGAGACCCGGCCAAGCUGUAUUUGAGGACACCAGACUUUUAUGCGAAAAACGGGAUCGAAGUCCUGACUAGCAGUACGGUUGUUAGUGUUGACGCUGUAGGGAAGAGCAUAACUAUGGAGGGGCCCAAAGGGGAGAGUUUCAAGUUGGACUACGACAAGUGCCUCUACGCUGCUGGUGCUGAUCCUGUGGUCCCGGACAUACUGGGCUCGGAUGCAGACAACGUUCACUAUCUCCGGACUGCCGAGGAUGCCACCAGAAUAGCAGACAGUCUCAGAGUUGGUCAUAAGGUGCUGAUAAUUGGAUCUGGUUUCAUCGCAAUGGAGAUGGCCAGUGCUCUCGAGAACAAGGGCGUGGACAUCGCUAUAGUUGGUCAUGACAGGCGCCCACUGGAGCGGGUACUAGGGCGGAAGGUGGCACGCUUCUUCUUCUCUGGGUUGGAGGCUAAUAAGAUGAAGUAUUAUGGCAACUCGGAAGUCCGCCUCUUUCGGUACACUAAAGAUCUGCAUGGCGAGGCAGCCAGUGGGGAUUCGGUCAACGGCUGCGAGCUGACUGAUGGAGAGGUUCUCCCUGUUGAUGUUGUGAUCGUUGGGAUCGGCACCGACCCCAAUACUGAGCCCUUGAGGGGCGUGGACCUGCUGCCAGACGGCUCGGUACCAACGGAUUGCCAACUAGCUGUGGUCAUGCCCGAUGGCAAUAGUAGUGACAGCCUCUUCGCAGCUGGUGAUGUUGCUAGCUAUCCAGACGGCAAGACUGGUGAUCUCACUCGAGUACAGCACUGGGAUGUGGCAAUGCAGCAGGGACGGGUGGCGGCUGCCAACAUGACAGGCUCUUCCCAACCUUAUACGACGAGUACGUUCUUCUGGACGACUCUAUUUGGUCGGUCGUUGCAGUAUGUGGGCAAUACUGGAGGGCGAGAGCAGUCGGAGCAUUUUGAUGAUGUGUAUAUUGAAGGAGACGUUGACAAGUGCAAUUUUGUAGCUUUCUACUGCAAGGGGGACUCAGUGGUAGCUGCUGCCACUGUGGGGAGGAAACCGGUGGCUUCUGGGGUGGAGGAGAUGAUGAAUAGGAAGAAGAUGCCUAAGACUAGUGAGCUGAAGCUGGGGAUAUGCAACGCUGAUGAUAUUAUGAAGUACCACUCGGGCGAUCAUAGGAUGGCUCCGACUAUAUCACUUGCAGGCGGCUGCACAAACUGGAUAGAGAAAAGCCAAAACGGGUGA